AAGGAGAAAAAGAGGGAAGGAGGGAGGAGGGGAAAAGAGCGGCAGCUGGCAUUUGACGGUAACAGGUUUUUCCUGACAUCAUACGGGGCCCUCUACAUAUCUGAUGUUCAGAAAGAGGAUGCCCUUUCUACCUACCGCUGCAUAACCAAACACAAAUACAGCGGAGAAACCAGGCAGAGCAAUGGAGCUCGUCUCUCUGUGCUAGACCCCACUGAAUCCACGCCCUCUGUGAUGGACAGUUUCCAGUCAGGGGAGGUGCAGGUGGGCCGCAGCAUAGAGCUGCCCUGCAUCGCCUCCGGCUACCCCAACCCCACCAUCCGCUGGCUCAAAGACGGGAGGCCACUGCCUGCUGACUCCCGCUGGACGCGGCGACUGACCGGGCUUACAAUCAGUGACCUUCGCCUGGAAGACUCCGGAAACUACAUCUGUGAAGUCACCAACAGCUUCGGCUCCAAAGAGGUCACGGGACACCUUAACGUUAUUGAACCUCUGAGAGUCACACUAUCCCCCAAGAACCUGAAAACAGGCAUCAGCAGCACAGUGAUCCUGUCGUGUGCCGUGCAGGGCUCGCCCCACUUCACUGUCUCCUGGUUCCGCAACACAGAACCUAUUAUGCCUGACCAGCACUUCUCCAUCCAGGGGUCCCACAAUGAGACCCUCUUCAUCACAGCAGCCCAGAAAAGACACUCAGGGGCAUAUCAGUGCUUCGCCACCCGCAAGGGUCAGACAGCCCAGGAUUUCUCCAUCAUACUUCUGGAGGAUGGCACCCCACGUAUCGUCUCUUCUUUCAGCGAGCGAGUGGUAGCCCCUGGUGAGCCCUUCUCACUCAUGUGCGCAGCUAAAGGUGCCCCUCCGCCCACCAUCACCUGGACGCUGGAUGAUGAGCCGGUAGCGCGGGACUCGGCGCACCGGGCCAGCCAGUACACGCUCUCCGACGGUUCCACUGUCUCACACGUCAACGUCACCAAUCCACAGAUCCGCGACGGGGGCGUGUACCGCUGCGCCGCACGCAACUCGGCCGGUAGCGCCGAGUACCAAGCGCGCAUAAACGUAAGAGGCCCUCCCAGUAUCCGGGCCAUGCGAAACAUCACAGCCGUGGCUGGUCGCAACACCUUCAUUAACUGCCGUGUGAUUGGCUACCCCUAUUACUCCAUCAAGUGGUACAAAGACGGGAUGCUGUUGCCAGACAACCAUCGUCAGGUGGUGUACGAGAAUGGCACUCUGAAACUGAGCGAUGUGCAGAAGGGAAUGGAUGAGGGGGCAUAUCUGUGCAGUGUGCUCAUCCAACCCCAGCUCUCCAUCAGCCAGACUGUCCACGUCACCGUGAAAGUUCCACCCCUCAUCCAGCCUUUUGACUUCCCCCCGACCUCCAUCGGUAAGCUGAUGUACAUUGCAUGUGUGGUGUCGUCCGGAGACAUGCCAAUCCGGAUCACCUGGCGGAAGGACGGGCAGGAGAUUGUGUCAGGAACAUCAGGGGUCACUAUCGAGACCAAAGAGUUCAUGAGCUCCCUUCAGAUCUCCAAAGUUUCGCUCAAACACAACGGAAACUACACCUGCAUCGCCAGCAAUGAUGCAGCCACUGUCAGUUCAGAGAGACAGCUUAUCGUAACAGUUCCCCCUCGUUUUCGAGUUCAGCCCAAUAACCAGGAUGGUAUCUAUGGAAAGUCAGAGGUUCUAAACUGCUCUGUGGAAGGAUACCCUCCUCCAAAAGUCGUAUGGAAGCAUGCUAAAGGUAUUGGGAACCCUCAACAGUACCACCCAGUUCCACUGACAGGUCGCAUACAGAUCUUGUCCAAUGGUUCACUGUUGAUCCGUCAUGUCCUAGAGGAAGACCGGGGAUACUACCUGUGUCAGGCCAGCAACGGAGUGGGCUCCGAUAUCAGCAAGAGCAUGAUGCUCACUGUCAAAAUUCCCGCCAUGAUCACAUCCCAUCCAAAUACUACCAUGGCCAUAAAAGGGCAGAACAAGGAGUUAAAUUGCACGGCUCGUGGUGAGUACCCCAUCAUCAUCCGCUGGGAGAGGGGCGACACUGUUAUCGACCCCGACCGCAACCCCCGAUACUCCAUCACCACAAGCCCCAAUGAGAAAAGCGAUGAAGUUAUCUCCACACUGAAGCUGAAGCCAGCUGAGCGCGGGGACUCCGUCUUUUUCUCCUGCCAUGCCAUCAACUCAUACGGCGAGGGCCGAGGGCUCAUCCAGCUGACGGUGCAAGAGCCACCUGAUCCCCCAGAGCUGGAGGUGCGAGAGGUCAAAGAUCGCAGUAUGAACCUGAGGUGGACGCAGCGGUUUGACGGCAACAGCAUCAUCACGAGCUACGACAUCGAGUACAAGAACAAAUCCGACCCAUGGGAGCUGAAACAUGCCACCCGGAAGAUCUCGCCCACCAACAACCAGGCCAAUAUUGUGGAGCUCCAUCCAGCGUCCGUGUACAGCAUCCGCAUGUACUCUUACAACAAGAUUGGACGCAGUCAAGCCAGCAAAGAGCUGACUAUAAGCACAGAGGAAGCACCUCCUGAUGGUCCACCUAUGGAUGUGAUUCUCCAACCAAUGACCUCUCAGAGUAUCCGUGUGACCUGGAAGGCACCUAAGAAGGAUCUCCAGAACGGUGUGAUCCGUGGCUAUCAGAUCGGUUAUAGGGAGAAUGGGCCAGGCAGUAAUGGUCAAUACAGUAUAGUGGAGAUGAAAGCAACAGGCGACAGCGAAGUUUACACGCUCGAUAACUUGAAGAAGUUUGCUCAGUAUGGCGUGGUGGUCCAGGCAUUCAACAGGGCUGGAACCGGACCUUCCAGUUCUGAGAUCAAUGCCACCACACUUGAAGAUGUUCCCAGUCAGCCUCCCCAGAAUGUGCGGGCCAUCACGGUGACGUCAGAUGAGGCGGUGAUAACGUGGUCGGAGCCCCCGCGGAUGACCCUUAAUGGGGUUCUUAAGGGCUACCGUGUCGUGUUCUGGUCCCUCUACCCCGAUGGAGAAUGGGGAGAGAUGCAGAACAUCACCACCACUCGUGAGCAGGUGGAGUUGAAGGGUUUGGAAAAAUUCACAAACUACAGCAUCCAGGUGCUGGCCUAUACACAGGCAGGGGAUGGCGUCCGCAGCAAUGUUCUUUACAUACAGACCCGAGAAGACCACCCUGGUCCUCCAGCGGGCAUCAAAGCAGUGCCAUCUUCUGCCACCAGUGUGGUGGUAUCCUGGCUUCCCCCUGUUAAGCCCAAUGGUAUCAUCCGCAAAUACACAAUCUACUGCUCCAGCCCUGGAUCGGGCCAACCGGCACCCAGCGAAUAUGAAGCCAACCCUGAGCUGUUGAUAUACCGAAUCACCCACCUGAACCGGGGUCAGCAGUACCUGAUCUGGGCGGCUGCCGUCACAACUGCCGGUCGUGGCAACAUCAGCGAGAAGGUCACUGUGGAGCCUGCUGGCAAAGCUCCUGCUAAAAUCCUGUCUUUUGGUGGAACGGUGACCACUCCAUGGAUGAAGGAAGUCCGGCUGCCGUGCAGCUCGGUGGGCGAGCCGACGCCCACCAUCAAAUGGACCAAAGACAGUGAGGACACUGCCAUCCCUGUCUCUCAAGAUGGUCACCGUAACAUCCUUUCAAAUGGAACCCUGGUGCUGCGCUCCGUUAAAGCCGAAGAUUCGGGGUACUACACCUGCACAGCCACCAACACACUGGGGUUUGACACAAUCAUCGUAAACCUGCUGGUGCAAGUGCCUCCAGAUCAACCCCGUUUGACCGUGUCCACAACCUCAACUUCCUCUAUCACCCUGGCCUGGAUCCCAGGAGACAACGGUGGAAGCUCCAUCAGAGGUUUUGUGUUGCAGUAUUCAGUGGAUAACACUGAGGAGUGGAAAGAUGUCUUCAUCAGCUCCAGCGAGCGUUCAUUCAAGUUGGACAACCUGCGUUGUGGCACCUGGUACAAAGUCAAACUUGCAGCCAAAAACAGUGUGGGAGCCGGCCGCAUCAGCGAGAUCAUUGAGGCCAAGACCCACGGCAGAGAGCCACAGUUCAAUAAGGACCAGCCACUCUUCACUCACAUCAACUCCACCCAUGCCCGACUCAACCUGCUGGGCUGGACGAGCGGUGGCUGCCCCAUCACGGCUGUCCUUCUCGAGUUCCGCCCCAAAGGCACCUGGGCCUGGCAGAACGUUCGCACCAAUGCCUCCGCUGACAUAUUCCUCGCUGAGCUGCGUGAGGCCACCUGGUACGAGCUAAAGAUGAAGGCGUGCAACAGCGCGGGCUGUGGCAACCAGAGCUCCCAGUUCGCCACACUGGAUUAUGAUGGCAGCACUAUCCCUCCCAUUAAGUCAGCGCGAGGGGAAGGGGACGACGUUAAAAAGCUGUUCUCCAUCGGCUGUCCUGUCAUCCUGGUCACACUGGGCAUGGCUCUACUCUUCAUUAUCCGCAAGAAACGUAAAGAAAAGCGACUCAAGAGACUCAGAGAUGCUAAGAGUUUGGCUGAGAUGCUUAUCAGUAAGAACAAUCGAAGUUUUGACACUCCAGUUAAAGGCCCACCUCAGGGACCCCGACUGCACAUAGAUAUCCCCCGUGUACAACUGCUCAUCGAAGACAAAGAGGGAAUCAAACAGAUAGGUGAAGACAAGGCCACCAUCCCUGUGACGGACACCGAGUUCAGCCAAUCAGUGAAUCCUCAGAGCUUCUGUACGGGCGUGUCUGUUCAUCACCCUGCCCUCAUUCAGAACACAGGCCCUUUGAUUGACAUGUCCGACAUUAGACCAGGAACCAAUCCAGUAUCGAGGAAAAGCGUGAAAUCAGCACACAGCACGAGGAACCGCUACUCCAGCCAGUGGACAUUGACUAAAUGCCAGGCGUCUACACCCGCUCGCACACUCACCUCAGACUGGCGGACAGUGGGCUCCCAGCAUGGCAUCACCGUCACAGAGAGUGACAGCUACAGUGCCAGCUUGUCCCAAGACACAGAUAAGGGACGUAACAGCAUGGUCUCCACUGAGAGUGCGUCCUCCACAUACGAGGAGCUGGCCCGAGCAUAUGAACAUGCUAAGUUGGAGGAGCAUCUACAGCAUGCUAAGUUUGAGAUCACAGAGUGCUUCAUCUCCGACAGCUCUUCUGAUCAGAUGACCACCGGAACUAAUGAUAAUGCUGACAGUAUGACGUCCAUGAGCACGCCGUCUGAACCAGGCAUCUGCCGCUUCACCGCCUCCCCACCCAAACCACAGGACUACGACCGCGGCAAGAACGUGGCAGUGCCCAUUCCUCACCGCGCCAACAAGAGUGAGUACUGUAACCUUCCCCUCUACAUGAAGACAGACCCUUUCUUCCGGAAGCAGGCAGAGCUCCAUGACCCCUGCCCUGUUGUCCCACCCCGUGAGGCGUCCAUCCGGAGUCUUGCUGCCCGGGCCUACCACACACAGGGCCGCCACAUGACAUUAGACCCCUCCAAGCAGCAGGCCCUGACGCUGGGCCACGGCGGCCUGAGCAGCCUGACCAGCUCAGGGGCCUCCGGUACAUCGGGCCCCGCCUCCAGCGGGGCCGCUGGGAGCUCCAGCAUCAGCUCAGGCACGGCCACUCUGCCCCAGAGGACUCUUACCAUGCCCAGCACUUCCUCCACCUCCUCGGCCCCGAGCGGAGCGGUCGCCGCUGGAGCAGCCGCCAGCGGGAGCUCCACAGGGGGCAGCGGCCUGACGCCCGGGAGCUCAAAGGUUGGGGGAUCAAGAGACUCUCUGCUAGAGAGCAGCUCGUCCGGCCUGGGCAGACUGCAAAAGCAGAAUGCUGGGGCGUACUCCAAAUCCUACACACUGGUGUAGUUCACACACAUAUAGUACAUUAACACACACCUGGAGUCUGUUUGUUGCUGGGCAGGGGUGGAACUGAGCAAUGGCAGGACUUAAACAGCACAGGGGGCUUUCUCUUUGUCUCUCUUCCUUUUUUCACUCUCUAUUUGCUUUUCUUCUUCACAUUCUACAUUUUCAUUUAUGCAUUUGGCAGAUGCUUUUAUUCAAAGCGACUUACAGUGCAUUCAUUGUUCACAUUUUAGCAUUUAUUGUGUUCCCUGGGAAUCAAACCCAUGACCUUGGCGUUGCAAGCGCCACGCUCUACCAAUUGAGCUUCAGGAACCCUGUUCUAUUGCUGUUGUUCUAUCUCGAGCCUUCUUCCUGGAUUAAAUAUGCCAAACCCCCAGGAUCUUUUUCCCCUAUCUUGCCUUCUUAUUUUGUCCUUUUUUUUUUUAAUCAUCUCUUUGCUACUCUCUCCUUCUUCCUCUCUCUCUCUCUCUUCUCCGGCUUCUCUCUCUCUGUCACCUUGGACCUUAUGCACGAAAUGCUUUCCAUGUGCACUUGUUCUUUGAUUUCUUAAAUUCCGAAAACAGAACAAAAAAUCGGUUUUAAGAGAUAUAUGGUUUUACAUUAACCUGUCUAGGUGUUUUUAAAGCUGUCGAAAAUGUCUCUUUUUGUAUGUCUCUUGCAUAACUUCGUACUGCAACACAUUGCCUCGGAAAGCUUAUGCAUAAACAAAUCCACCAUGGUGUCCUCUUUUCGCCCCGUCCUGUUCCACAUCAGAAAAACAGCUUGAAGACGACAGUCUCGACCACCUGAAUUGAGUCUUUGGGAUUUUUUUUCAUGCAAUUGAUGACACAGUACAGAGUGCUAUUGACUAUUUUGUAAACAAACAAGAAAAAAGUGACCAAAAAAAAAAAAAAAAAGAUGUCUGGAGCCAUUUUCACAUCUGAUGUAUGGUUACUGUACUUUUUUGUUUGUUUGUUUGGUAUUCUAUUUUAAAAUGUUUGAAUUUAAGCACUAACGAGAUCCAGGUGGAUAUACUAAGCUUACUCAAGCUUGUUUGUAUGUGUGGUGUGUGUGUGCAUUAUAUAUAUAUAUAUAUAUAUAUAUAUAUAUAUAUAUAUAUAUAUAUAUAUAUAUAUAUGGCCAUCACACACCUUUAAGGGACGUCUAAAUUAGGCCUACGCAGCUGGAGUCACAAAUGUGUAAAGGGUAGACAUAUCUCCCUUUUCUCUUCACAAAUCACUCUAAUAUGAAAGAAAGGCUCUUGUUUUUGCUGGUUGUUUGCUUGUUUGAUUGUUUGUGUUUUAUGCCAUAUACUUAUCACCCCUCCCUUUCCACCUCAGACUUCCCCCAAAACUUUACCACUUCCUCUGUCUCACUGUGAACGCCUAACAGCCUCUCCUGGAUGGACAGAGUACAUGCAGAAAGGCGGAAAGAGGACGAGAGGUAGGGAGGAAGUAGAGGCAAAUAGAGACGAGUGCCCAAGAACUGAGAGGGAGAUAUAUCUGCUGUCACUGUGUAGCUUUUCUGCGUUUGUUAAAUUCUCGUUAUUCUUUGCUUAUCUUCCCCAAACGAAUUUUCGAAGGUCUAAGAGACUCUAGCUUUAGGUAGCACAGGGGUGUAUAAAGGAGGAAAUGAGUGAAAUGUGGGAGGGGAAAAUGAGAGAAUGAAGAAGAAAAGAUGUUUAAUUUAACCCCUGAACAAAUCAAACAGCCUUUCCCCUUCCUUCAUUCAGUCAUCAUCCAAAGCAAAGCCCCCUUCACAGAGAAACUUCCAAAAAACAACAAACUCUCCCGAUGAUUUCAAUGGAAAAAGAAGUAUUACAUCAGGGCUCCUGCAAUACAAAAAAAAAAAAAAAAAAAAAAUGAAAGAAAAUAUAUUGCAAUGUUUGUUGUCAAAAUAUAUACAUAUAUAUUUCUAUCUAAAGAUAUAGUAAAUAUAUACGUGGUGAGAGCAGAGAUUUAAUGCCAUAUCUAAUUGAGAAAGAAAAAAUUUAUUUAAAAAAAAGAUCUGAAGACAAUCGCUCAGUGAGAGGUGCAGCAGUAAGCCAGAGGAGGUGUCAAUCACGAAACGGUGAGAUAAACGGGUAACAAAACCAAGAGAGAAAAAGAACAGCACAGGGUGUGUUUUGACGUGGUGGGAGUUAGUUUGGGCAGCUGGGAAUUCUUUGAAAAGACCUAUGAGAUUCCUAAACAAUGGUCCUGUGCGAAAUGCCAUCUAAAGCUCUUGUGGUUGUCCUCCAAGUCCACACUUAACUGACGAAAUGUCCCAUAGACUGUCAUAAAAUAAUAAUCUGUGGAUUGUUACUGCUGACUGUGAGUAGUAAACAUUCGGUAGAUGGCCAUAUUUGACUGUUGUGUCUUGAGACACUUGCGUUCUGUUCUAUUUGAUGUACUGCAAAUUUAGCUUUUUUAGCGCAAGAACAUGUUCGGUCUGAACAGCCGCUUAUGGCCCUGAUAUACUUCAUACGAAAAACUCUCAAGUCUCCAUUCACUUGUGUGCCAUCUGCAGUGGAAGCCAUUUACACAUCUGCCCAAAGAUAUGCCUAUCAUCAUUCUUUUGUCUGUAUUCUGCACAUUAACACUCUUUUAUAUGCCAGUGUUUGCAGUAGUAUCAGUGUCAUCAUAAAUUACAAUAACAGAGUGUAAUCGGCGCAUAUUAUGCUACGCAUAGUGUGUUAGCGCAUCAGCGCUAUGAUUUCACAAUGUAAACAUGACAAAUGAAACAUUUUCUACUGCAUGUAUUACUUUAAAUCAUCAUCGAGUGGUUAAAACAGCUUCUUUUGCUGACCUCAUAUGAAUUUUACUCAUAGAAUGAGGCAUAAAGUCAUUGAUAACACAUUUUAAUGUUAGUAAAGGUUUACAUGUAGCCGCCUCAUAUUUAAAUGCUCCUCUAAACGCCUCCCACAGCGAUGUGACUGUUGUCUGAAUGUUUGCAAACAGUAUACCAUUGCUCGGCUGUUUAGAACUUCUUUUUACCCCUGAAAAAAAAUUAAGAAGAACCUCUCCGGAAGUAUAUCAGGGCCUUUACAGUGCAUUUGUAUUAGGGCUGUCAAUUUAGCAUGUUAAUUUAGUGUGAUUAAUCGAUUAAAAAAUAACGUGUUAAAUAAAGUAACGCAAUUAAUGGCCCCCAGACCAUGCCUAUAUUUUGCAAUAAGGACUUUUCCCACCAACUGAGCAAUUCAAGCUUGAAGUACCAACUUCUUUUUUACGAGUAGCAAUCAGCAUGGGGCAGUCAGUGCAACUCCAGCUAGAUAGGCAAUGCGCAGUUGUACAUGAAACAAAAUACACUUACAAAAUGAGUAAAGGAGCCUCAUAUCAGGAUGCAUUCUUGUGUUCAAAUACAGUGGGAGCACAAAGGAAUGCAUGGGUAUCAAGAAAAAGUUUUAAACUACAUUUAAGUUGGCACAACGUCCUAAAAAUGCAACGUUUAUGGCACGAGACACUGAAAAUCAAAAAGACGUGAUUCAAGACACGUGCAGGCUAUGCCCAUCGCAAGUCUGCAAGACAUUAAGUAUACAUUAAGUGUGUCAUUUGGGACAAGGCCAUUGGAGUUGUCGCCCUUAACUAACUUCCAGUCAUUGUUAUAAUCAUCCGGACUGUAUAGUGCAACAUGCCUGUAUGGCAUUAUCCGUUGAGCUCCACAGGCAUGAAGGACAGCUGCGAGAUAUUUAUGGGCGUUUUUAAACACACUCUCUACAGUUGCUUGGAAACAAUGAAAAUUUGCCACUGCGAAUCCUGUUCAUAGAUGAAUGUGCGGCAUUUUUGAGUGCCGUCUGAAUCCAUUUACAGUAUGCACCAUCUCUGUUGCCCAAUGAGCAGUUUAAAAUACCCUUAGUGCUUUGAGAGCUUUUCUUUAGGCCCUUAAAGUGAUAGUUCACCCAAAAAUAAAAAUUCUGUAAUUUAUAAACCCUUAUUUUGUUCCAAGCCUGUAUGACUUUCUUUUUACCCUGGAACACAAAAGGACAUGUUAGGCAGUUGAGUGUGUUAGUCUCAUUCACCAUUUACUUUCAUUGCAUCUUUUUUCCAUACAGUGAAAGUGAUUGGUGACUAAUAUUCUAUCCUUUUGUGUUCCACAGAAGAAAGUCAAAUGGGUUUGGUAAAACAUAUAGCUGAGUAAAUUAUGACCAAAUUUUCAUUUUGGGGUGAACUAUCCCUUCAAUGUGAGAUCUCUCCUGUUACUUUGAGCAUCCAAGCUUUCAGCACUUCUGAUAAGUCAGAUUUUAUAUAUCAGGGGAAAGAUCAGAUACAUUUAUGUACCAGGUAUUUAUAUUGGUAACUUUCAACACCUAACCCCUGCAAAUGUCAGCACAGGAUAUAGCACACAUGUAUUGUUUUUUUACAGCAGGAUUCAGUUAUAUGCAGCCGUUUGAUCAUACCCCAUGUUAGCAUGAUUGGAAUCAACAGAUCUUUCAAAGGUACAGAGAUGGGAUGUGUUGUGUUGGGUUUAAAAUUGAGCUGAUUGAAUGAUUAUAUAUCUUGAAUCUAUUUGUGGCAUAUGAAGAAAACAUGUUGACUUACCAGGAGAUGUUAUAUUGGUGGCUUUAUUAAUUAGGAUUGUGUUACAGUGUAUCCCAAAGUUUGUGUAAGAUGAAUAAAUUUGAUAACCCAGAACUAAUACAACUAAAACAGAGUUGCAACGAAUGUGGACUUUCUAAAGUGUUUUAAAAACAUUCAAGGAAGUAUGUGUUCCUCUUAUUGCUGCUCAAAUGCCCACUUACUGGGUUAUUGUGUCCGUCUGAUGGCGGACUUGCCCAGUGCAUUUUGCCAUAAACAUGUUUUAUUAGGAUUAGACCAAUAUCUAUAUCAGUAUUUAGUAAUCAUGCCUUUUCAGGUGAAACAUCUUGUGAAAUAUUCCCAAAACCACCCCAGAGAUCACCCACAUCCCUCAUGUUUUUAAUAUUUAAAGGACAGUUGCUGACUUAUAAAAAAUUAGAUUUUUUGGUUGCAUUAUUUAUAAAAAAAAUAAAAAAGAUAAAUUAAAAAAAAAUAAGUUGUGACCAACUUAGUUUUUUUAUCCGAUGUUUAUGUUGGGAAAAAAUGCAGUUGUGUUGCGCAACGGGGCAGGCCUGUUUAGUCAGUUGAAUCAGGGACCCCCGAGCUCCAACCAAUCACAGCAGAAGCUGUGUGGAUAUUGGGCGGAGUCAGGAAUAGAACUCCACCCCCACACGUCUGUUUUCCCCGCCCAGAUAAUCCGAUCAGCCCCUUUUCCUCAACCAAGAAAAAUGUCCUGCUAUACCCUAGACGUCCAUGUCAGCAUAAUUUCUAAUCUACAAAUAAAGACUCUUGUAUAUACGAAACUGUUUUGUAUAAAUAAUUACUAUUUUCGACAUCUCCAUUAGCAACCAGGGCACAAUUAUGUCUGGUUAAAGGUUUAACUUUAAAUGUGAGGGGAUUAAAAAGACAAAAAAAUAUUAAAAUCUAACAAAAAAUAGUUUACACAUUGAUUUUUGAAUGGAGCACAGAAACCCAGACGGAAAAGAUGUCUGGCGUUUGAUUUAUUUUCUCCUUUUUAUAAUUUGUCUUAUAUUUUUACUCAUUUAUGUUGUUGGUUGUUUUGUUUGUUUUUACUUUGGUUUUGUUUCUACCUUUUGGUUAACUUGAAGAAAAAUGGCAUUGCAUGCUCUGAAUCUUUUGCUGGUUAUUAAAAGAAUAAGGAAAAGGAGACAAAUAACUAAAAGGGACAACAACAACAAAAAAAAAAAAAACAAAAAAAAAAUGUUGAAAAAAAUGCAGAGGGGGAUUCCUAAACUUUUAUGAAAAAAGUUGCUUCAAUUUGCAAUUGCUUGUGUUUAAAUAUACAGUUUUUUUUUUCUAUAAAAACAAAACAAAAACAGAAAAAGAGUACUCCAACACCUUGUGCAAUAAAGCUAUCUUUCUAUGAA